CUAGUUGGGAGUGAACCGGAAGUGUAAGCUAUUCUGCUGCUCCUCGGCCAGGCGGAACCUGCUCUGCUGGGCCCGGCGGCCGCAAAAGAACUUUCUUUCUCCCGCCCCAACGGUCGCCGCGGCCAACUGCCUCGCCCGCCUGGCAGCCUACCCGUCUGCUCUUCUUUCUCCGGCUCCGUGCGGCCCUGUCUCGCUCUCGCCCCGCGGUAUCCGCUUGCAGCUGCCGCCGCCUCGUCUUCCCGGCCAGCCGGCCCGUCCGCUGCAGUGAUGUGCGACAAGGAGUUCAUGUGGGCCCUGAAAAACGGAGACUUGGAUGAGGUGAAAGACUACGUGGCCAAGGGAGAAGAUGUUAACCGAACACUAGAAGGUGGAAGGAAGCCUCUUCACUAUGCAGCAGAUUGUGGGCAGCUUGAAAUCCUGGAAUUUCUGCUGCUGAAAGGAGCAGAUAUUAACGCUCCAGAUAAACACCAUAUUACCCCUCUUCUGUCUGCUGUCUAUGAAGGUCAUGUUUCCUGUGUGAAAUUGCUUCUGUCAAAGGGCGCUGAUAAGACUGUGAAAGGUCCAGAUGGACUAACUGCCUUUGAAGCCACUGACAACCAGGCAAUCAAAGCUCUUCUUCAGUGAUGGGCGAUGGGCUAACAGCUCUGGAAGAAUGACUCUCCUGUGGCCUCACACUGCUGCCUGUCUGUCUGUCACUCUAUCUGCCAGCUUCUUCAACUAAAUACUUUAAGAGGGGUGAGGGGAGAGAGAAAUUCAUAACAAAUCAGAUUACCAGGGGAAAAAAACCAAUAUUUUGGAGGAGAGGGAACAAACCAUGAUCAGGCUUUUACUGGAAAUCCUGAUCCAGUCAGCCUCUUUUCCAUUUCCAAUAAAAUAUUCAGCUUAAACCCAAGGGAGAGCAAAGACAAAACAUACCAUCGGUAACAUUUGACCUCUUCAGCUCCCUAGCUAAUUCAUUAAUUAGAUUGUGUCGAGGGUCUGACUAUACAAAGGCCAGCUCUACAUGUCGUAGCCUAACUGCGAGCAGUAGUGGCUGCUCUGACAAAAACUUCGGGUGCUGAGAUCCGUCAUUAGUUCUAGCCUUCUGCCUUAAGAUGCCCUCUCCUGGGGGGGUCUCCGGCGGUUAGGAGCGCUGCCUGUGGUUGGCGAGCAGGCCUCCCUCGGUGGCUCGGCUCAGUUACGGUGAGGGAGAGGCACACUCUAAACUGCUGGAUGCCUGAACUUGGGAUUUCCUCUCCCCUUAAACAUGGAUUUCAUGUCUUCAGAUAAAACUGACUGGUUUUAUUUAUAAAAUCUUAAGUUUUGGAAGUCUAAAGGAGAAAUCAUUCCAGUAUGCAUAAUUUUUUUCUCCUCUAGAUUCAGACAUUUAUAUAACAUUGAAACACUUUCAAACUCCUGCUGGUAGUAAAAGGGGAUUUAAAAGCAGAAUCAUAGCCAUAAGCCCGUUACUAUCAUAUAAAGAGAACAGUUAUCUUAGUACCUAUGGAUUUUCUUCAUUUGCUAUUGGAAUGGAUUGGCCUCCGUUAUGUUUGGAGAAUCAAGGAACUUUCUCUGGAAUGCCUCUCUCAGACCCAACUUGGAUUACUUACUGCACCAAAGCUGUCACUGGGGAGAUUUACUAUUUGGACAAAUUUAACCCCAUCCAUCCCUUCAAAAAUAUUCUUAUUACCAGGUUUCCGGGAUUUGUUGAUAGGCUUCUGCUGAACAUACACCAACCCACCCACAUAUUUGUUUCUUUUUUAAGUCAUCAUUGCAUAAAGUGUGACAUCUUCAACAUGUGUUCUGUGUUCUUAAAAUAUAGUGCCCUAAAAUGGUGUUCUUAAGACCUGCAGAAAAUAUU